CACUCCCUUGCUCCUCCUUUUCCUCACCUCCAGCAGCAGCAGCAGCAGCAGCAGCAGCAGGAGCCGCAGCAGCAGCAGGAGGAGGAGGAGGAGGAGGAGGAGGAGGAGGAGGAGGAGGAGGAGGAGGAGGAGGAGGAGGAGGAGGAGGAGGAGGAGGAGGAGGAGGAGGAGGAGGAGGAGGAGGAGGAGGAGGAGGAGGAGGAGGAGGAGGAGGAGGAGGAGGAGGAGGAGGAGGAGGAGGAGGAGAGGGUUCAGUGGAGCCACUUAGCAGGAAGGCAGCAGCUGCGUU